AUGGCCACUCACGCCGACCCAGACUUCCCCUGCUCGCUCCAGAUCGACGUGCCCUUCCCGACCGCUCGCCUGUCCUCGAUCGCAAUCAAGGCCAUAACCGUCGACAAGGAGCUGUCACCCCUGGUCCGCCGAGAAUUCUCUACCGUCAACGGCGCGUCCGCGUCCGGCGGCGCUGGCGGUGUCGACGGUGGUGAUGAUGAUGUCACGGGACAGAACGUCAUGAGGGUGCUAUACAAGGCCACCACAAACCGGAUGCUGCGGGUCUCAGUCAACUCUUUCAUGGACAGCCUGUCGCUCAUCCUGGAGGUCAUGGAGAGGCUCGAUGCCGAUGUGCUCGAGUCCAGACCGAUCGAACCGCAGGCUGGGCCGUUCCGGUGA